AUGAGAUUCACUACCCCCACCAUCUCCAUCUUACUCUCCGGAUUCUUCUCCAGCCUCGCCAUCGCAGAUAGUAGCACGUGUAGCAGCAUCUGCGCUCACAACAACGACCCCGGUCUCUGGACUGAUGCUCACGUUCCUUCUGCCCAAGUAGACUCCAUCCUCACUAACGGUGGUGGGUGUGUAAAAGGCAGUGUACAAGGUCACAUGUGCAUUGCGAUUAUUGGAUCUGAGGAAGAUGCCAGCACCGUCGCAGGCUGUCUCGAGCAGAUGGCUGCCCAGUGGCAGAGUUAUACUGAUAAUUGGUACUUGUGGAGCUCAAUUACUUGUGCUUCUGAGAGUUCGACUGGCAUUAUUUCUAUCACGGCUUAG